UUUAAAAGCAGCUUCUAAUGAGUUUGAAUCUGAGGAUGAUGAUGAAAGGGUUAUCGAUCAUUUAGUUCUUUGUAUUCAUGGUAUUGGACAAAAAUUAAGCGAAAGAGACGGUGAAGCUAGUUUUAUUAAUGAGAUAAAUAAAUUUAGACAAACUUUGAAAAAAGUAUAUGCAACAAACCCACCACCAGAAGCAAUUGCAAGACUAGGAAAUCGUGAGUUAUACCCAGAUUACGGUUUGCGUAAUAAGAAAGGAAGCCAAUUUGGUAAUGGUAUACAAGUUAUACCGAUUCAUUGGCGGCAAGACAUUAAGUUUGGAAUUGCAUCAGAAAGUGAGCAAAUUCAACGAGAUUUAAGUCUGGCUAUUAGUGAAGAAGGUCAGCCUACCUUGGAUGAAAUCACUUUAGAUUGUGUUCCGAAUUUAAGAUUAUUAAUUUCAGAUGCAUUAGUAGACGUAUUAUUAUACAUGACACCAAAAUUUAGAGAAAUGAUGCUAACUACCGUGACAAAUGAGAUGAAUCGCGUCUACAAGUUAUUUAUAGAUCGUAAUCCAAAUUUUUUAAAAAUUGGUGGCAAGGUUUCAAUUUAUGGACAUUCACUUGGCUCGCUUUUAGCUUUCGAUGUUCUGUGUCAUCAACCACCAUUUGUUGGAUCGUUUGGUGGAAUAUAUGAAGAAAAUUCAUCACCUUCUGUUUCCUUAAGUGAGAUUUCCAACCCUUUUUAUCGUUCACAAGAUUCAAAUAUUAACGGAUCGCAUUUAGAAUUAAAUUCGAAACACAGACAAUUGUACAGAAGAAAGCAAAAGCAACUAAAUGUGAAGUUGGAAUUUGAAGUUGAAAAUAUGUACGCUAUUGGUUCACCAAUUGGAUUGUUUCUAUUGCUAAAGGGACUAAAGAUUGGAAGUAGAGAAUAUUAUAAUGCCAUUAGUAAGGUUAAUCAAUCAAAAACUUGGUCAGAUAUAAGUUUGGGUAACGAAAAUGAGGAUGUACGGAACGGUGAUGAACAAAUAAAUGAUGCUGAAACGAUUACAAGUGAAGGAAAUGAUGAUAGAAAAGAUGUUAAUGACAAAAAUGAACAGAAUAAGAAACCAUCAUCUGGAAAUCUUCCAUUUUAUGAAGAUAUAGAACAUAUGAUGCAAGAUUCUGUAACUUUGAUACCACUCUGUUAUCCAGCUUGCAGAAGCGUUUAUAAUAUCUUUCAUAAAGCUGAUCCAAUUGCAUUUCGAAUGG